UCCUUCAACCCGAUUACGUUUACCAGCCAACAAUUUUAAAUAGCUCGAAACUAAUAAAUAAAUAAAAUUACGUUUACUUAACACUAACAAGAAAAAAUUUACCAAACGGUUUUUACAGAUCAUGGCACUAAGAAAAAACAACCUUAAGACAAACUACUACUCGAGCAAACGCUUAAGAAAAAAUCGUGUGGCGGAAAGGCUACGAUACCAAAAAAUAAAAAAUAACCCUGUAAAAUACGAACAGCAGAAAAUUAAGGAAAAAAUGUGGUCUUGUAAUGCUAGAGACAUAAAUAAUAACUCUACAACACUCCAAAACUCGGAAAAUGAAGUUCUACCGCCAUCAUCAUCACUGCCACCACCACCAAAGACUAAAUAUAAUGAUAAGCGUAUGCAAAUAGCACGAAAUAAGUCAAUUUGCGCGAGAAAGGCACGAAACUUGUCGAUUUCGACACAGGCAGCUACAAUAUCUAAAUUGAAGACCAAAAUAGAAUGAAUGAAAAAACGAUUACUACGGGUUCACAAAACAAUUACGUUUAUAUAAUUCAAACAACUUAGUCUUUUACAAUUUUCUCUUCACCACUGUUCCCUUUUCCUUUCCUUUCUGUGUCACGUCUGUCUUUUAAUAAACUGUCCUCCACCUCUGUUUCUUUCCCUCUUAUUCCUUUGGCUGAGUCAGACUACAUCUCG